GACAUCGGUUGACGACAGCCAAUCAGAAGUCUGGUGUCUGGUUCGUCCCUUUUUUUCUUCUCAUCGGUUACCAGAUCUGACGUGUAAUAUAAACUGGUGGUGAAAGGCUUUUUUAUUGAAAUUAAUAACAGAAUGGCAGCACAAUGGAUACGUAAAGCUAUUUCCCCGAGAUUCGGCAGAGUUCGCCUUUAUAGCAGCAAAACCCACAAGUGCACUCUUAUUCCUGGAGACGGUAUCGGACCUGAGAUUUCUGCAGCUGUACAGAAGAUCUUUGAAGCAGCCAAGGUUCCAAUAGAAUGGGAAUCCGUAGAUGUUACUCCAGUACGAGGUCCAGAUGGGAAAUUUGGUAUACCGCCAGCAGCCAUCGAAUCAGUUAAUAGAAACAAAAUUGGUUUAAAAGGUCCACUGAUGACACCAAUAGGAAAAGGUCACCGAUCUUUGAAUCUCGCGCUUAGAAAGGAGUUUAAUUUGUAUGCCAAUGUACGCCCAUGUCGUUCGUUAGAAGGUUACAAAACACUGUACGAUAAUGUUGAUGUUGUCACAAUCAGAGAAAACACAGAAGGUGAAUACUCUGGUAUCGAGCAUGAGAUCGUUGAGGGUGUAGUACAAUCGAUUAAACUUAUCACUGAAGAAGCCUCGAGCCGAGUAGCAGAGUUUGCUUUUCAAUAUGCUCAAGAUAACAACAGGAAAAAGGUAACUGCAGUCCAUAAAGCUAAUAUAAUGAGAAUGUCGGAUGGACUUUUCCUGAGGUGCUGCCGAGAUGCAGCAAAGAAAUUUCCAAAUGUAAAAUUUGAGGAAAGGUAUUUGGAUACGGUGUGUUUAAACAUGGUGCAAGACCCGAGUCAAUACGAUGUGCUUGUUAUGCCGAACUUGUAUGGCGAUAUCCUCUCCGAUAUGUGUGCUGGUCUCGUAGGAGGUCUUGGGCUAACACCUAGUGGAAAUAUUGGACUUAACGGUGCUCUCUUCGAGUCGGUCCAUGGUACAGCCCCCGAUAUCGCAGGUCAAGAUAAAGCUAAUCCCACCGCUCUGUUGCUUUCUGCCGUAAUGAUGUUGAAACACAUGGGUCUGAACGAUCACGCACGAAUUAUUGAGCACUCUGCGUACGACACUAUCAAAGAGGCAAAGUAUUUAACUGGAGAUCUGGGUGGUACUGCCAAAUGCAGCGAGUAUACAAAUGAGAUAUGCAAGAGAGUGUCCGCUCAGGUUAAAUAAACUUUAGAUACAACGAUUCCGAUUUAACGCCAAAUACUCGUAGAAUUCGUGCGCGUGAAAACAAACAGAUUGAAGAAAAAAAAGAAGCGCUUUUAUCGUGCGCGUUCUUUACCCUCGAUGCGUUCCGCACGAUAAUGUGUUCUUGCAAAUUUAAUGACACAUUGGAGAAAAUGGGUGCUUUUAAAAGAAAAAGAUCACCCGGCCUUGUCCGAACGGCUUGAUAGAAUAUUUCCAUUAUUCUACCUCAGAACUCGUACAAUUCGACUCAUUCGCGAUCCGUUCAACAAUGCAAACAGCAUUUAAUAUUACUGUACCCUCGACGGAUGACUAAAUAUGAGUGUUACGAGAAAUGCAUUGACGAUCCAGACGAACGAGCAUGCAUCUUUUUACAUACUAGCUAUCGCGAAUCGUUCGCAGUUACUGACGAAUCGAAUCCUAGUUAAAUCUGUAAAGUCUAGCCGUUUAAGGAUACUUAGGAACAAUGUGUAUAAUAAUUUUAAAUAAAGAUCUUUAACGCGAGAGUUAUGCCCUCCACGAGGAGAAGCGAGAGUCGUCACGUUGUGCAGUAUUACGAAUCAAUAAAAACGGUGUAAACUUAAA